GGGCGCGCGACGGGCUGAGGCGGCGCAGGGGUGGGAGCGGAGCUGGCAAGAGGGCGGCGGAGGCGGUGCCGACGGGGCCCGCUGAGGCGCACGGGGGGUCGGCGGCGCCCGGGAGCCUGUCGCUUGCGCUGUCCCUCCGGUUCGCUGGGUCCCGGCGGGAGGUCGGACGGCGGAAGGCAGAAUGUCGGUGGCGGGGCUGAAGAAGCAGUUCUACAAGGCGAGCCAGCUGGUCAGUGAGAAGGUCGGAGGGGCUGAAGGGACCAAGCUUGAUGAUGACUUCAAAGAGAUGGAAAAGAAGGUGGAUGUUACCAGCAAGGCUGUGGCGGAAGUAUUGGCCAGAACCAUUGAAUACCUGCAGCCCAAUCCAGCCUCGCGGGCCAAGCUGACAAUGCUCAACACCGUUUCCAAGAUCCGAGGGCAGGUGAAGAACCCUGGCUACCCGCAGUCAGAAGGCCUGCUGGGCGAGUGCAUGAUCCGCCAUGGAAAGGAGCUGGGCGGCGAGUCCAACUUUGGUGACGCCUUGCUAGAUGCGGGGGAGUCCAUGAAGUGCCUGGCUGAGGUGAAGGACUCCCUGGACAUAGAGGUCAAGCAGAACUUCAUCGACCCCCUCCAGAACCUGUGCGACAAAGACCUGAAGGAGAUCCAGCACCACCUGAAGAAGCUGGAGGGCCGCCGCCUAGACUUCGACUACAAGAAGAAGCGGCAGGGCAAGAUCCCUGAUGAGGAGCUGCGCCAGGCCCUGGAGAAGUUUGAGGAAUCCAAGGAGGUGGCCGAGACCAGCAUGCACAACCUCCUGGAGACCGAUAUUGAGCAGGUGAGCCAGCUCUCCGCCCUGGUGGACGCCCAGCUGGACUACCACCGGCAGGCCGUGCAGAUCCUGGAUGAGCUGGCCAACAAGCUCAAGCGGAGGAUGCGGGAAGCUUCUUCGCGCCCCAAGCGGGAAUACAAGCCCAAGGCCCGGGAACCCUUCGACCUGGGAGAGCCUGAGCAGCCCAAUGGGGGCUUCCCCUGCACGCCGGCUCCCGCCAUCACAGCUUCGUCGUCUUUCCGCUCUUCUGACAAGCCCAUCCGGACCCCCAGCAGGAGCAUGCCGCCCCUGGACCAGCCGAGCUGCAAGGCGCUGUACGACUUUGAGCCCGAGAAUGAUGGAGAGCUGGGCUUCCACGAGGGCGACAUCAUCACGCUGACCAACCAGAUCGACGAGAACUGGUACGAGGGCAUGCUCCACGGCCAGUCGGGCUUCUUCCCCCUCAGUUACGUGGAGGUGCUGGUGCCCCUGCCUCAGUGACGGCGUGGGCCUGCCCGCCCUUCCGUCCAGGUCGCCUGCAUUCCACUUGCCCCAAAGCGCAGCCAGGGCGCUGUUCUCAGGGCAACAGCGCCAGCGGGGAGGCCAGGGCCCCUGUUUACACUAGUUCUCACCCACAGCGGAGGGGGGGGGGGGGCUCCCCUCCCCGCUCCACACGGCUGCCCUGAGGGGGCUCACACUAAGGUGCUCUUAGAAACACUAACUUCCUCCUGCCCCCCCCGGACUGGGAACUCUUGUGGGUGCGCGCACCUGCGUGCACACACACCCCCACCCUCCACACUGGCCCACCCUGACCUGUCCUCACUGGGAGGGGAUGGCAAGUCUGUGCGACGGGGUGGUACGAACAGGACCCCUGACUGAGACUCGGCACCUUGCUUUUAAGUCCUCCUGAGACUUUCCCAGGCGCCUGCUCACCCACAGAUGCCACCUCCUGGGAGGGCCUCGUCCAGGGGUCCUCAGGGGCCAGGUCUCUAAGGACAGGCCCUGUCCUCAGCUGCAGGCCACUGAGCCCCACACACCCGUGCUCACCCCCUCCCCAUGUUCCCUCAGUCCCUGCCUGCCGGUGCCCCACCCCCAGCCAAGCACAUGGAGCGUUUCUCUGGUACCAGCUGCGCACACAGCACACACACAACACGUCACACAUGGGACCAUGGGACCCCCCCCCCCCCCAGUUUCCUUUCUGCCGAAGGUCAAGCACAAAGGCUUUGAUGAGUCAAUGUUCCCAGAAGCCUGGCUUCUGGGGUCACGCUGGGGAAGGUCAUGGGGCCCCCAGGCUGGCAGCCGCACCCUGUUUGCAGUGGCCCCGGCUAUCUCCUCCAGACCAAGGCAGGCAGCUGCCCAGACCAGCAAGGCCCCCGCCCUGCAGGUGCUUCCCCUCUGGCCUAGCCUGAAAUGGUCUCAGUGGGGGGACUCGGGCCUGGUUCACAUUCCCUUCCUGCAGUGACCCUGCACAGACCCCUGGACACCGUUACUUGGGGGACACACACGCAUCCUGACCAACCCAAGCAGCAUAGCCUUGGUCACAGUCUAGGGCAGAUGGAAAUGUCUUCCUGAUUUUUUAAAAAAGAAGUAUUAAAUGUCUCUUUCUAUA